AUGGAGUUCUCCAACAAUCUUUUCGCUGGUGAUUUUCGUGCACCACAACCACCAAAUUCUAUUCUUGCUGAAUAUCAAGCUGCAUACGUACAACAUAAAUGGGAUGGAACUGGUAUUUCACACGUUGCAAGUGGAAUGAUUUAUGCAGGUUUGUCAGAGGGACACCUUCGCAUGGAUGUUACCUAUGAUGGUAUUGUUGCGAGUUCGCUUUUCGAUUAUACAAAGGCCAAUAGUGAUGGUACAGUUCCAAAUUAUGUAUACACAUUAUCACCAUCAACAGCUUCAACAGGAUCCUGUGCGCUUUAUAAUGUAACACCCGCUUAUCCUCUCUUUCCACCAACUAUUCUAGCUGAUUAUCAUGCUACAUUUGCUGGUCUUGUUAAUGAUAAUCUUUUCUAUGCUAAUCGAGAACCAUUACAAACAUGGGAUAUUUUAUUUGGUGGAAUGAUAAGUGUUAGAUUUUUCCUUGAUAAUAAUAAUACAUUAGUAAGAAUGGAUUUUUCAUCACCAGAACGUAGUACAUUUACAACAACGCGUCUCUUCAAUAUUGUACGUGGUAAACCAGCUUCAAAUCUAUUUGCUAAUCCAUGUCCAACAGGUUCACCAACUCCAACAACAUCAGGUGGAAGUCGAAGUAUAUAA